GAGUUUGGCUGCAUUGUCCUAGACUGAAUCGGAUUUAAAGGGGGAAUCAACCACUUCUUAGUGUAUUUCUGUAUAGCCUAUUGUACUUGUCCUAUUUUCAGACAUUGGACAUAGGCCAUCUUUAUCAUGAUGAGCAGUUGACAUUCUGAGAAUAAGGGAUGAUUGCAGUGAGUCCGGAUUAAGACAUUUUGCCGAGGUUACAUAAUCGUGAUGACUGUCAUCUGUUUGUCACAAAAUAACAUUCUAAAUGGAUGGUCUCUUAUAUAAAGAAAUGGCAUAGAGUCCCAAAGGAUCUGAAAUACCCAUUGAGCUCAGUUCAACACUGAAAGGUGCAUCAAGGGUUAAUUGGGUGUCAUGAGAGAAACGCCUACAGCUCAUCACACAUCACAAAGCUGGAACAUCUUGGAAAAAGUCCGAAAAUUCAGCAACAGAAACGAAUUGGUGUUUUAAACGAGACAAACAGUAGUAGUUGAAACAGUUGCCAAGAACGACGCGCAGGGACAGGGACUCACAACUUCAUAGACAAAUCCCAUUGAUUUUGAAACGACGGCUGAAUCAGGAUGACCGAAUCCAACUCAAAGGCAGCAAAAGAAUUGACAGAAAUUAUGGAAGCAACGAUGCAGAAUCUCCACAGUACAUUUCAAAGCAUGUCUGACCAGAUUGUUUCAAAAAUGGAUGACAUGGGAACUCGAAUUGAUGACCUGGAGAAGAAUGUUGCUGAUCUCAUGACCCAGGCUGGUAUGGAUGAGCAGCAGACUUCUAAGUGACCAAGCCCUCGGGUUAACACAUAUCAGAUCGGCUAACUUCAUCCGAUUUCUGGGGUUCCACUCAAGACAGAAGAUGUGCCAUGACAAAAGGCCACACAGAGGCUGGUUAUUACUGAUCUAUUGUUGUGUAACAGCCUAUGGCAUUUUCUAUAUCAUUUAACAGGAUAUCAUUUAUGGGGGAUUUUACCAUGUAAACAACUGUCACAUGGACACAAAACAUUUUUUCUAUAAUACAACAAAAUUUUGGGUAAUUCCAAGUCUUUCCUCUAUCUUCCUGUCAUCACAGCAUUACCCAUAGCAUUUCAGAAGAAACAAGUCACAUAUACAUACAGAUUAAACAUAUGGGCCAAUUUUCUAGACCCAGAUUAAGCCUAGUCCUAAACUAAAAACACACUUUCAAUGGAGAUUCCUUAUUGAGAAUGAUUAUUAAGUCGAGGACUAGCCUAAAUCUGGGUCCAAGAAUACAGGAUGUGAAGUGAUCAAAUAUGAGCAUAACAUUUAUUAAAUCAAAGAAGAAACCAAAUGAUGGUUUUUAUAACUGCUGUUGAAAAAAGAUGAAUUGGCUGUAACAUAAAAAAAGAGAGCAGGA